UUUUGGGGGGCGGGGAGAAGUUGGGCUGGCAGCCAGGCUAAUUGACAAUGCCUGAGCCUGCAAAGUCCGCGCCCAAGAAAGGCUCCAAGAAAGCCGUUUCCAAGACCGCCGCGAAGGGCGGCAAAAAGCGCAGAAAGUCCAGGAAGGAGAGCUAUGCCAUCUACGUGUACAGGGUGUUGAAGCAGGUCCACCCCGACACCGGUAUCUCCUCCAAGGCCAUGGGAAUCAUGAAUUCCUUCGUCAACGACAUUUUCGAGCGUAUUGCCGGGGAAUCGUCUCGCCUGGCUCAUUACAACAAGCGAUCUACCAUCACCUCCAGGGAGAUCCAGACCGCUGUCCGCCUUCUGCUUCCCGGUGAGCUGGCCAAACACGCCGUGUCCGAGGGCACUAAGGCAGUGACCAAGUACACCAGUUCCAAGUAAACUAACGGGCGUCCCUUCA